AUGUCGAGCAGGUAUCACAAAGCAGCGGCCGAUGGCAACGUGGACCUGUUGAAAGAGGCCACCAGGAAAGACCUCAACACUUCUGAUGAAGAUGGGAUGACUCCCACCCUUCUGGCAGCCUACCACGGGUACCUGGAAGCUCUGGAAGUCAUUUGCCGGAGGGGGGGUGACCCGGACAAGUGUGACAUCUGGGGGAACACGCCCCUGCACCACGCUGCCUGCAAUGGCCACAUCCACUGCGUCUCUUUUCUGAUCAACUUUGGUGCCAACAUCUUUGCUCUGGACAAUGAUCUGCGCACUCCCCUGGAGGCAGCUGCCAGCAGGGACCGCAAGGAGUGUGUCCAGAUCCUGGACAAAGCUGCCACUGAGCAGAACUUGCUGAAUCCAAAGAAGGUCUCCAAACAAAAGGCACAGGCCCAGAGGAACGUCGAGAGACAAAUCAAGGAAUGUGAGAAGCGCCAGGAGAAACACCAACAUGAAAUGAACCGGAAUUAUAUUAAAGAAAAGGUUGGCACAGUGAAUUCUUCCAAAGGAACACACUCCAGGGUAAAGCUGCCUGGUCUCUUUGCUUCAAAUACUACAAAUACUUUAACCAAAAACCUGAAAGAUACCCUGAAACUCAAGGCAAAAAAGACAGCUGACAGCACAAGAAGGCAGGAAACACAAAGAAAUGACCAAGAGGAUGAUAUGGGUAGGAAAAGUGUGAUGCAUUUGUUUGAUGAGAAAGAGGAGGAUGAAUUACUGAAUGACCUUGGAGAGAGAAACUUUGCUGGUAAUGACAGUCAGCUCUCCAUUUUUCAGCGGCCGGGUCUUGGCAAGAUUGUGUUUGGAAGGAAUUUGGCUGCAGAGGUAAAUCCUGAAACUGUGUCUUCUGAGAAAGAAGGUAUGAGAGUUACAAUAGCCAGUGAGCUCUUUCAAUAUGAAAAUACUGAGAAUGGCAGGGAAGAUGAUGCUGAAAACAGUGCUGAUGUCCCUUGGAAUGAGGAAGAAGUUGUUUGGGAUGAUGAGGAAACAGAAAAUACGCCCCUUGAGGUAUUUCUGGCAUCACAGAUGCUGGAUGAGUUUCUUCCGGUCUUCAUGAGGGAAAAAAUUGAUUUAGAUGCCCUGAUGCUAUGUUCUGAUGAAGAUCUACAGAGCAUUCAGAUAGAGCUUGGGCCAAGAAAGAAAGUCCUGAAUGCUGUGAAUAAAAGAAAACAGGCACUCGAGAACCCUGGAAAAACUAUAGACACUUGCUUAUAA